GGGUAAGGCGACGCGACUUUACGCGUCAAAAUGCAAUCUGAAGUAUGAUGUCUCAGGCACUCGCAGCCAUAUAGAAUUUGAAUCGGCGAUGGCAUAACUCAAAUACCGCUCCUGUCUUAGAUGUAAGAGUCAGUGUGGUGCCACGACUCUCAACUGAGUCUGUAGAGCGGCCUACUUAUAUACGCAGGCUCAUUAGCGGGUUUACUCUAUCAAGAUAAAUAGCGGUGUGCCUACUGAAGUUUGCGCUACACAUAUCACGCAACCUCCAAUAACCUCAGAGCAAAGCCUUACAGAGUUACUCUACGAAUCCCAUAAACGACGCUAAAAUCUAUCAAAUAUGUCCGCCCAAAACGAAAGAGUCCAAGCCAGCUGCAAAAUCAUUUGGGGCGAGGCAGACUACGACUUCGAUCUUGAGACAGACGAUUGGGUGACAUAUGCUUAUGUCGUCAGGAAGGACUUUGGAUCACGCUUUGGACCACCAUUGACAAUGACUGGAAUUUGCAACUCAGAGACGCAUGCUUGGGAAGAGCUAGAAAGGAUGCUAAGUGUAUGGGCUAAGCAGGUGCAAAGUGGAAAGCCGAUGACAAAGUCUCAGUCGAUAGAGAUAUUCGGGGGACCAAAUGGGCGGAACAGUUACAUUUUGGGCAAGUUUAUUGAUGAGGCAGAGAGAAGAGGAAUCAAUCAUUAAAACGGCAUAAACAUUGGUUUUUAAUAGCACAUGCCGCAUUAUCAAUAGAAUAUUCUGUCACUAGGGCUUUUGUUGGUACAGUACUAUG